AUGAGCAGCGGAGGCUUUCCAUGUUUGACAACGCACGCCAUCGCAUCCUGGUAUCGCUGCGUGAUGUCGCGCGGUCUAUUCUUGAACGUCGAGCCCAAGGUCAUCGAACGUCCGAUUUGGUUCGGGGUGAAGCCGUUGAUGCCUUGGGUCGUGGUGAGGCGCAGGUUCUCUUGA